AUGGGACACGGAGGGUGCUCGAUCCCGUACCCUCUGGGCAACGCCCUAGACCUCGUACCCUCUGGCCGCGACCACCCUGCCUUUGUCUGUGACCUACGGGGCCAAAGACCUUGUCUGAUCCACCCCCGCCGUGCUCAGCAGAAAAGGAAUACAGGACGGAACGACGGCGAGCAGAGCGGCCCGUAUCCGCCCCACUUAAAGAUGGCGCCGAAGAAGUCCGAAGCCCCAACCCCACCGUGGAGCGACGCGGUUUUGCGGCGGCCGCGCAGGCGUAGAACGCAAGCGGGGGGCCGAGCUGAAGCGGGCAAGUGGCGGAAAUAUCCGAAGCCGAAGGAGGAGGAGUCGGCGGGCGGCACCAAGGGCAGCAGCAAGAAGGCGUCGGCGGCGCAGCUGCGGAUCCAGAAGGACAUAAACGAGCUGAAUCUGCCCAAGACGUGUGAUAUCAGCUUCUCAGACCCAGACGACCUCCUCAACUUCAAGCUGGUCAUUUGUCCUGAUGAGGGCUUCUACAAGAGUGGGAAGUUUGUAUUCAGUUUUAAGGUGGGCCAGGGUUACCCACAUGACCCCCCCAAGGUGAAGUGUGAGACGAUGGUCUAUCACCCCAACAUUGACCUCGAGGGCAACGUCUGCCUCAACAUCCUCAGAGAGGACUGGAAGCCAGUCCUUACGAUAAACUCCAUAAUUUAUGGCCUGCAGUAUCUCUUCUUGGAGCCCAACCCCGAGGACCCACUGAACAAGGAGGCCGCCGAGGUCCUGCAGAACAACCGGCGGCUGUUUGAGCAGAAUGUGCAGCGCUCCAUGCGGGGUGGCUACAUCGGCUCCACCUACUUCGAGCGCUGCCUGAAAUAGGGUUGGCGCCUACCCGCCCCUGCCAGGGCCACCAGCCCCGGCAUCCCCUGCAAAUAUUUAUUGGGGGCCACUGGCGGGGGUGUGGGGCAGCCGGUGGGAUAUCCCCUGCCUUGGCCUUGCCUCUCCUCCCUGCCAUCUGCCCCUAGUUAUUUUUUUUUUUUUUUUACCACCAUGUGAUUAAGGUCGGCGCUGCCUCCCCCGACCCACUCAGCAGUGGGAAAUGAAUUGGCUUGUCUAGCCCCCCUGCUGGGUGCUGUCCAGCUCCUUAGGCUGUGGGGGGGGGG